AUGCGUGGAUAUUUAGAUGUAAUAUGGACGAGGUUAAAGAAUUAUCGUAAUCUCGGUGCCUUUUUCUAUCGAGAAUUGAAACCUGGAGUACGAGUUAUUUAUGAGAAGAGCGUCUUGGUAUCCCCACCUGAUGAAAGAGUAUUAGCAUUCGGAUACAUAAUAGCCGUAUGUCUCAAGCCUCUUAUUGGGAAAGAUAAGGAUAAUGUCAAGAAGCAUGUUGCCGAGAAAAAGAGAGAACUUGUACCUGCAAUGACGACCGAAAUCUUCCAAGACAAAUGGUGUGUUCUUUACUUGCCGCCCGGAGAUUAUCAUCGGUUUCAUUCACCGAACAAUUGGGUUGUUGAAAAAGAAGGCACUUUGUUG